AUGGAAUCGGAAUCUAAACUUCAAAGUAAACGCACUGUCGUUGCAAGGCAUGAGAAAGCAAAAGAUGAGGCAAUAGCAAGGGAGAAACAUUUGUCUAGUAUGCUAUCGCAGAAGAUAACUGAAAAUAAUGAGCUCCGUGAGAAAGGACAAGGUAUUACUAGAAAUCAUGAGAACAUGAUUAGAGAUUUUGAACGGCAACAGGCCAAGUUGAAAGAAGAAAGAGAUAUUUUGCAAGAAGAACUCCGACAGGUUACGGAAGAGCAAAAAAAACUAGUACAACAUCAUAAGAGUCAUCGAGCAGUAUUACAAGAUAUAGUGCAACAACGGGAUGGUGAAGACGCAACACUAAAAGAAGUUCAGAGCUUAGUUAGAGAUACAAGAGAUCGCUUUACCAAGGUUUCCGAUGAAUUAUCUAGACUAAAGGAUGAAAGUAUUAAUUUGGAUAACAGAAUGAAUCGAUUAAUGGAGGAUCAUAAAGCGACAGUUGAAGUACUUGGCAGACAAAUUGAGCAAACAAGAACUUCAUUAAAUUCAGAAAGGAAAGAAAGGCAAGAAUUACAAAAUGAUCGAGAUGUGUUGCAAAAGAAGAUUGAUAAUCUUAAACGAGAACACGGCAAUUUCAUGUCUGAGGUGACAUCGAGAAUUACACGAGGUAAAGAGAAAUAUCUACAACAAACGCAAAAGAAAGAAGAAACUAAUCGUUUAGUGGGUGAAACAGAAAAGACUGCCAAAAAUAAACAGCAACAGCUAGAAAAGGCACAACAAGCCUAUAAUGAAAUGACAGCCGAUUUGGGUGGUAAAGUAAAAGAGGGCGAGGAUCAAAUUAAUCGAUAUCGUCAAGAAUUACAAAAUGUUCAGAAAGCGACGGAAGCUGAACAACCGUUAUAUCAGGAGAGAGAAAAAUUUCACAAAGAAAAACAAGAAUUACUGGAUAAAAUGAAGAAAAAAGUUGUUGCUUUAAAGAAAGAGCAACAACUACUACAGCAAGAAAUUACAGAAACUAAAGAGAAAAUUGAGGACUGUAAAGAGCCUCGUACGCAACUGGAAGAGGAAUUAGGUAUCCGGAAGAAUGAUUACAAUAAUUUUCUUAAGAAAGCAGGAGAAGAGAUGAGCCAAUGUGAGGAAGAUAUUUAUGUGACUACUUCUAAAUUAGACGUCAUUAUGGAGGAAAAUGAAAGAUUAGAUAAUGCUAUGAAUAAGCUCCAGGCAAAUUUAGAUCGAGUAAAUUAUGCAAUUGAAGAGAAGAAUAAUCUAUUUAGGGCUAUGACUAAUCGAAAGGAACACAUUACAACUACAUUAAAGGACGCAUGGGCGAAAGAUAGAAACAUGGACGUGAAAUUUGCUAUUCGCGAUACAGACACAGUUGCUGAAAUUACGGACUUUGAAAAUGGAAUGCAAGAGCGUGGAGAAGAGUUACAAGGCAUUCAGUCAUUAAUUGAGGGCGAAUUGGACAAUUUAACCCAGUUUUUGGAAAAUUUAAGGCCUUAUAAUAAAGGUUUCUAA